AUGUCUGGCCGCGGCAAAGGAGGCAAGGGUCUUGGAAAGGGUGGCGCCAAGCGUCAUCGCAAGGUCUUGCGCGAUAACAUCCAGGGCAUCACUAAGCCAGCUAUCCGUCGUCUGGCUCGCAGAGGUGGUGUCAAGCGUAUCUCCGGUCUCAUCUACGAAGAGACCCGCAACGUUCUCAAGGUCUUCCUGGAAUCCGUCAUUCGCGACUCUGUCACAUACACUGAGCAUGCCCGCCGUAAGACGGUCGUGUCUAUGGACGUCGUCUACGCCCUCAAGAGACAGGGACGUACGCUCUAUGGUUUCGGCAACUAA